GCUGGGAUGGACGCACGUCGCGUGUAGCUAUAUCACACGACUGCCGAAUCUGCUUGAUUUGUUUACCGUGCGUGUUUCAUUCACAUUCAGUUUUUAUUUCACAUUGUUUCAGUGGAGUUUACUAAGGAAAUUACUUGCGUCUACGUCUUUAUUUCAAGAUUAGAAGCGUUUUUUUACUGCUAAAUAUGGAAAUGUUUAAACGCUGAGAUGUUUUUGAAAGUUUUUCGUGAACUGAUAUGCGGUUUUGUUAAUGAAAUGGGCGAAGUUUUGUGGUUUCUGUUGUUCUUGAUCUCUGCGAUUCAUGGAUACGUGGAGACCGAGGAGUUUAUCAGCGAUCUGGAUAAGCCGAUACCAACGGCGCACGCGCAGGGAGUGCUAGGGAAGAAAGCUUCAUUGCCCUGCGAUAUCCAGCCCCUGGCCGCAGAAGAUCACGUCUCCAUGGUCUUGUGGUUUAAGGAGACUGAUGGAGAGCCUCUUUAUAGUUACGACGUCCGGGGUCGCCUUGCAAAUCAGCCCAAGCUCUGGUCGUCUCCGUCGGGGUUUGGUUCCAGAGCCUAUUUCCGAGCAGCCGCUUCACCGGCAGUGCUGUUCGUUGACAGCGUUGUGUCCACGGACGCCGGAGUCUAUCGCUGCAGAGUUGACUUCAAGAACUCCCCGACAAGGAAUUUGAGAAUCAAUUUUACUGUUAUAACACCUCCGAAUCGGCCCAGCAUUAUGGACGCCAAGACCAGAAGCCACACUCGACUACUAGAGCCCUACAACGAGGGAGAUACCCUGGAACUUAUUUGCGAAACAUAUGGUGGUGAUCCAAGGCCCAGUGUAACGUGGUACUUGGAGAACACCGUCAUCGACGACUCAUUUGAGCAGCGCCCUGACGGAGUGACCGUCAACACCCUGACCUUCCCCAGCGUCGGUCGUCAGCAUCUCAACGCAAGACUCGUCUGCCAAGCUUCGAACACAAACCUAGCGCCACCGGAAACUAAGCUUUUAAUACUUGAUAUAAACUUAAGGCCACUCAGCGUGCAGAUCUUGAAUAAGAGGCCGGAGCUUUCGGCAGACAGGACUUAUGAACUUGAAUGCAAGACUACUGGAUCCCGGCCCGAAGCUCACGUUACCUGGUGGAAAGGUGGAAGACAGUACAAAAGGAGUGCAGCCAAAAAUUUCUCCGAGAGCAACGCAACGACCAGCGUCCUAACGUUUGUGCCUGUCGCCGAGGACCACGAGAAGACCCUGGUCUGUCGCGCCGAGAACCCCAGCGUGGUGGAAUCAUCUAUAGAAGACAAAUGGAAAAUGAACGUGCAUUAUGUCCCUAUAGUGACUUUGAAACUCGGAUCUACCCUUAAUCCUUCCCAUAUCAAGGAAGGUGACGACGUCUACUUCGAGUGCAUUGUAAAAGCAAACCCGAAGACGCAUAAGCUCACUUGGUAUAAAGGAACUAAAGAGAUUCAACAUAACGCGAGUUCUGGAAUCAUUCUCAGCGACCAAAGUCUGGUGCUGCAAAGCGUCAGCCGAUCAGCCGCCGGAGACUAUAGCUGUUUAGCAUAUAACAGCGAAGGAAGUGCCACUAGCAACCCUGUGUCUUUGUUGAUAAGGUAUGCUCCAGUGUGCAAAACAAUAAACGAAGGAGAAGUGUACGGCGCUUUGAAACAAGAGACGGUGACCUUGAAUUGUGCUGUUGACUCCAGCCCGGCUCCCACCAGCUUCAGCUGGAUCUUCAAUAGCUCUGGCGACCAAACGGAGCUGGCUGCGAACACGUACACAUCAGCUGGCUUCACUUCGAAUCUUCGUUACACUCCGACUUCUGAAAUGGAUUUCGGCACGAUACUCUGCAUGGCAACUAACACAGUGGGAAGGCAGAAGACCCCUUGCGUCUACAAGCUGAUUGCGGCAGGACAGCCGACGGCACUCCACAACUGUUCAGUGGCGAACCAGAGCUCGGCCAGUUUACAAGUGGAAUGCGCGGAAGGCUUCGACGGAGGGCUCCCGCAGGUUUUCUUCAUGGAGGUCUUGGAACUCCCGGCUAUGACCGUCAGGGCAAAUAUAACCUCAAAUAGCACUCCUAGCUUUGAAGUUCAAGGUCUGGACAGUCGGAUAAGCUACAGUCUGGUCUUGUAUGCGGCCAACGCUAAGGGCAGAGGUGAAGAGGUCACACUGUAUACCGUUGCAAUACGACCUCCGGAUAAAUACACAGGUGUGAGCACCGCCAUCCCUUGGUCGCCGAUGCUGGUGUCCCUGCUGGCUGUGACAGCGAUGCUGUGCACCGGAGUGUGUGCUGUGAUCACGGCACUGUACAGACGACAUGCUGUCAGAAGACACGACCUUGAUAAGCAACCGCCUUCCGCGAGCGGUCUCUACAUGGAGCACAGCGUUGAAUCAUUAUCGAAACAGGAUAAUUUGAACACGUACUGUGCGUCUCCGAAGCUGGAGUACUGCAGCCAGUAUGAGUUGAAAGCCGACACGGGGGAAGAAACGGACCCCGACAUCAUACCAUGUCAUCACGAUAAGAGAUCAAUAAAUGAUUACACCAAAUUAGGGAUUGGUGUAGACUGUGAUGCUCUCAGCAUGUACAGUGAAAAAACUAGCAUACCUGCCAGUGCCUCAGCGGUAAGUAUUAGAGUGAACCGUGGAGUAACAGCGCGGAGUUCAGAUAUAUCGUCGAGCGUCUGUAAUGCGACGGUCGCACAUUUGCGCCGCGACAACCUCGCCACAGUCGGGAAAGUACGAGAGAGCUGCAUAUAAUGCGGGUGCUUAGAUAAUCCGUUGGCUGUAUGGAGGAGAUACUUUAGAGUCAAUGAAUGUAAUUAAUUAAAAAAGGCUUUGUUGCUAAAGAAGAUCUAUUUAGAAACGAAGAGUCAAACUGCGUUUAAAUUGAAUUGGUAAAAUGUGUAACGUGUGCACGUUAUUAGAUAAUUUAGAUACCCAAAGCAGUUCGGAUAUAGACUAAGAAAAUUUAAACCAUUUUAGCCAUACAAUGUUGAUUCAUACAUACAAUACAAUGUUGAUUCAAAAU